GUGGCGCAAGACAUGUACACACGCGCGCACACACACACACGCGCGCACAGAGUGUGUGGGUUUGUAAAAUCGUAGAAGUAUACUUAUAUUAUGCGUACAUCCAUCAAUAGGUAUGACUAAAUAAGUAGUGGUCAAAAAAAUCCUUAUCAUCAUAAUCAUCACCAUCAUUAUUGUAAAUAAUAACAAGAAGAGAACGAAAAACCACAUUUAUGUAGCAAUUCGUGCUAUUUUUAAGACAGACUUUCAUAUGAGGUUUGCCUGUUUGCAUUUGACUCUGGUUUGGUUUAGCUAACAUAAUUACAGAUUACAGUGUUUAAGUACGAGCUCUCGCUAACUUUUUUUGCCCGGAGGAAACGCAGUAAUCAGCCUUGCAAUGCAAUUUCCUGUCGAAGAGUCUGGAGCUGUCUCCAAGACCUGGAUCCGAUAGAAGGGAGGCGAGAAUGCGAGGGUGAGAGAGGAAGAACUAGAAAGAUAGGGCGAAAGACUUGGGGAUUGAAGAAUAAAUAGAGAGGACAGAAGAAAACAGAGGUAAUAAAAAGGAAUGCAGUCGCAGAAAUUGAGAGCGCUGUCAAGUCUGUCGAGGGGCUGAACGAAUUCUACACGGGACAAAGAUCCUCUUCAGGGCGCUAGCAAUCUCAGAUCGGCAGCAGCGUUUCGGAGAAAAGUUGACCGAACUAAAAAGUUUUGGAAGGACCGAGAAAGUUGUUGAAACCAACGGUAUUAAAUUGUACUUUAGAUGCGCGCGUGAACGAGGCAAAUGGAGAAGAAGAGACGGCUUAUCGAACACGGGACGGGACGGUAAAAAAAGAAGUCUUAAGGAAAACUGGAAAUCACAUUUCGGAGAAAGGAGUUAGAAUGAAUUAGUGCAAUAUCAGUGAGUAUUGCUGCAGCAUCAAGCUCAGGAACAGAUGUCGGCGGACGGGAGCCCAGGCGCGGGUUUGGAUGGACCUCCCCGCGAGGCUUGCUGUACCCCACAGCAUCCGUCCCAAACACCUGGCCCAGAAGCUGAGGAGAGCAGUGAGUCCCAGGGCCUUAUGGGAAACCCCACAGAAAUGCAGGAGGUCUCAGAGAAUGGACACAGCACCAGCCUGUCGCCAGAGUCCGGCUUCUCAACACCAAACGCCAGCGUCACCUGUCAGCCCCAGGCCCGAUCGACCCCUCUGGUCCUCCCGCUGGACAGCUCGUCAGAUUCGACCAGCCUGCUACAGAACGGGGUGGGGUGCCCCCCCCCGCAGCCGAACGGGGUGAGGAACGGUGGAACCCGCACCCCCCCGCUCGCCGGACCCCCCCCGCGCCCCGCCUCGCAGAAGAACCCGCGCAAGCUGCAGUCCAACCCGUCAAUCACCAGUCACAUGAGCAAGAAGAGCAAGAGCAGCUCCAAAUCGGGGGGGUCGCAGAUCCCCAACGAAGCGCGGGACGACUGCUGUGUGCACUGCAUCCUGGCCUGCCUGUUCUGUGAGUUCCUGACUCUGUGCAACAUCGUUCUGGACUGCGCCUCCUGCGGCUCCUGCGCCUCCGCGGACUCCUGCUUCUGCUGCUGCUGCGCCUCGGAGGAGUGCGGCGACUGCGACCUGCCCUGCGACAUGGACUGCGGCAUCAUCGACGCGUGCUGCGAGUCCGCAGACUGCCUGGAGAUCUGCAUGGAGUGCUGCGGCCUCUGCUUCUCCUCCUGAUUGGCCCGCGCGCUCGGAGGCGAAGACCAGAGGGGCCGCUCUCAUUGGCUACCCAAGCCUUGCUUGCUGGAGAACGGAGGAGUUGAGACGGGAAAGGUGGGAGAGGGGGCGUGGCCACUCCUUGGAUCAGAGACCGCUGGCUGCCCAAUCAGAAAGUCUGGCUGUUGCUCCGCCCUGGGAUGGUGCCGUACAGACCCGCUAAUCGAGAUGGCGCUCUGUGUUUGUGUCGCUCCGUCUGACUGGUCGCUCUGCGUGAGACGGGCAGUCUUCCUGCCCGGGGGGGGGGGGUAACUCCCCCUGACCCUCGCGAGCCACGCUUCAGUACUGUCUCCUGCCCGGUCCUAUUAGACCGUAGCCGAGCUGCCGAUGGCCAGGUGAGAACACGCUGCAUCGCCUCGCGGAUGCCACGGGAUGUCACCAUGGCAACUUAAGCAAUAGGUAAUACUGCAUUUAACAGGGUGUCUGUAUUUCUGUAGAUAUUAAAAGCCGGCCAGGACAGAGGGGGAAAAAUAUAUAUAUCUAAGUAGAACUUUGGUAAUGUCUGUGGGUAAUAGUCCUUCAGUGUAAUACGGACUGUUUGCUUCUUCACAAUAAGAACAGAGGAAGGAGCUGGCCCUGGGGGUGUUCUCCUGGGAGUACCCCCCCCCCCCUCGCUCUGGGUUCUCAGAACGGGUGUGAGGGUCAGAGGCCUGUCCUGCACAGUCACAGGAGGUCUGGGGAGGCCGUCAACAAAAACGUCAACAGAACCGGACUGAGCAAAGACUUGUGGCAGUGCAUGGUGGGGUAUGAUAGAUGUGUAUAUUUAAUGUGUGUUUUCUGUCAUAUCGGUGUUUACUGAUGCGUCAUGCGUAAAGAUGUGAAGAAGGGAGCCUCUUUCCUGUACGUCCAAGGCUCCCUGUCCCGUGACAUUUCUCAGAUCUUAAUUGUACAUUUUUAGUCUGACUGUCUUAUUUUCUGUGAUGCUGGAAACGGUGUGUGACGCGGUGUCGGUGGGCUGGAGACCGGAAGAAUGUGGUGUGUGUGUGUGUCACUCCAUCGUGAACUCAGUCUGGGUGUGUUUGGUAGUGAGGGUGUGCGGUACCUGUGUGUGUGUCACUCUGUGUGUUUGGUAGUGAGGGUGUGCGGUACCUGUGCGUGUGUCACUCGGUGUGUUUGGUAGUGAGGGUGUGCGGUACCUGUGUGUGUGUCACUCGGUGUGUUUGGUAGUGAGGGUGUGCGGUACCUGUGUGUGUGUCACUCGGUGUGUUUGGUAGUGAGGGUGUGCGGUACCUGUGUGUGUGUCACUCGGUGUGUUUGGUAGUGAGGGUGUGCGGUACCUGUGUGUGUGUCACUCGGUGUGUUUGGUAGUGAGGGUGUGCGGUACCUGUGUGUGUGUCACUCGGUGUGUUUGGUAGUGAGGGUGUGCGGUACCUGUGUGUGUGUUCAGGCAUCCGUCUGUCUGUUACGAAUACCUUCACUGCUGGAAACUGUAGAAAGCAGACGAGUGGUUUCAUGGGAGAAACCGUUUGGUUGGUCCAGCAGCUUUGCAGUGGCCAUGGGCUCGGUGCUUGCUUGGCAUGCUGGGUAGCUGGGUUUCUCCUGGUUUCAUUUUACAGUAAACGUUAGGACUCGUUUUUGAGCUCAUGCUGAUCCAUACGUGGCUACUAAUUAAAAUCUCUGUGAUUAGCAGUAGAAAAAGCCUUUCAGAGAAACAUUCCCGACGCACUUCACAUUCUGUCCACAGCACAGUGAAACACCACAGAGCAGAGUUCUCCAGAGCGAUCUGUGUAGACCUGUACGUCUCUGUUAUGAGUACAAUGUGACGCUAGCUUCUUAUUGUCAGUUCUUGAUUCUGAUGUCACCACGACAAAGAACAGGAAAUGGAACACAACGCAAUUUCCCUUCAUUGUUACUGCUGGUUGUUCAGCGGCAAAGGAUCAUGGGAAAAACCACCCCGCAGGUGCGUUAAGGCACAAGCUUUUCAGAUGACAGUACAAUGGUGUACAGGGACAAUGGUGGCUACACUAGCUAGCAUGUACAUUCUUCAUCUCAACUGUCCAUUCAAACAAAUAGAGAACAAUUAUCCACAAUCAAACGGAUGGAGUUUUCCGUUUCUUUUCUCAAACACAAAAUUGAAAAAUAAAAUGGUAAAAUGCAUCAAACUAUAUCAAUAUAUCAAAAUAUUAUUACUUACACUCAUCUUUGAAGAAAUAAAACAGAACACUGCAAAAAUGUAAGGUUUUAUGAUUAGAGAUCAAGCUUACGUAACAGAGGUCACAAUCACUGGGCCUCACGUUGGAACACUGUAUUUUCUUGCUUGAGAAAGGUACACCAUAAUCACCAGUCCUUACUGAGAAAUCUGACCCAGACUGCUUAAUAGAGUGAAGAAUCAGACUGCUUAAUGGAGAGAAGAUCAGAUUCGUUAGGAGCACUGCUGCUCGUACCUGCUGUACUGAUUGAUCAGAGUACUGUAUUGAUUUAAAACAAAGAAAGAUUUUAGCCUCUGAUAAUUCUUUCAUACUUUGAACUGGAAAAACUGAACAAAGAAAAAGCCAAAGAGCUUUUUGGAUUCCUAUGCAAUUCUCCAAACUGAAACUCCUGUGGUUCAUGACCAUUUCAGACUUGUGUUUUUUUUUUGUUAAAUCUUGUUUUAACAAUUACAAGUAAAACAUGCAUAAACGAACAAAGUAGAAAAGGCUGUGGAUCCUUUUGUAUUUUCUGGAAUAAAGCUGCAUUUUAAAAUCA